CAGGGGAAUGCUUGAGUUGAGAUUCCCUAUUUUACUCCUUUUCUCUCUCUCGAAAUUUAUAAGAAUAAAAAUAUAUAAAAAAUAAAAAAAAGGAAAAUUAUUAACCCAAGUCCGAUUCCCUAUAAGUUUGCGUAGAGCCGAAUUUCCCAUCUUCCACGCAAAAUUCUCCAUCUCCGGAAGGUAAUCUCAUUCGUUGCUUGCUUCCAUCUUCUUUUUUCCCUGCCGAUUGCGAAUACAUUAGGUCAAUGCCAUCUUUGAUCUGGGUUUCUCAUGUAUGUGCGUUGAUUCCAAUUCCAUUGUUACUUUCUUUCGGUAUCUUCAGCAAUACAAGCACGUCUUAGAUCUCUGUGAAUCGCCUGUCUAGGACAGCCUAAUCUGUCAUCCAGUAUGUUUCUCUUGAAGCGGAGGGGAGUUUGAUGGAAGUUUGAGUUAUUGGUUGAGGAACAGCUGUUCAAAUAUUGGGGGAUGUCUUCUAGAAAUUUUGAUCGGAUUCAUUAUCAAGUGAUCCUGGUGAUCUUCUGGUCGUUUAGAUGUGGAAUACGUUUGCGUAGAUGGGGUUUAUGCUUCUUUUCUUUUGUUCCUUUUAGUUUUAUCAUCAAUUUUGUAUUUUUCAUUAGGAAUCUGCCCUUAUGGGCUGGAUGGAGAAGUUUUUGCGUGGAUAUGAAAGUUAGUAAGGGAGGUCGGGCAAGUAUGAGAUUGUGCAUGGCUGCUCUGACGCUUAAUAACCUUAUGCCCAAAAGUUUGUGGCUGGAGUUUGCUAUGAAGUUAGUUGUGUUGGGUCUCCGCUGAUCCAUUUUUGAGGCGUGGAUCGUCUGAACAUUUAUGGGUAAAGUUUGAAUCACGGGAAUCUUCAUAAAUAGGAUGGGCAUGCAGGAUUUAAGAUAUGGAUGCAGAUUUUAUGAUAUUCCAUGAUGGAACCGCUGCAUUCGCUAAUUUAUUUAGUUUUCGCUUGCAGAUUAAUAGAUUAUUAUGACACAAUGUCUGUCAUAUGCUAUCUUGCAGAUUGAAUAUUUUUGAAGAUAACUAAUGUAUUAGUAUCCGUACAGUGCAGAAUUUGGAAGUGACUUCUAAGAAGUUGGUGAGAAUUUGGUGUUGGAUUAGAGUGAUUAAAGACCAAGAAACUGUUUUAAGCCACUCAGGCCUUUGAAUAAUGGCCAUGCCAGAAAGUGAAGAGGUUUGUUUUAAGCGCAUUGGGCUGUCAGCUAGUGAUUAUGAUGCAUGUCUUCCCAUCAAGAAAAGGAGGUUUCCGUUAGUGCAGUCUCCUCCAUCUCCAUCUAAAGAUAUAUCUUCAUUUCAUCCGGAUGGAAAUUUAGUGAAGACUGAACAGCCAUCUUCAUCUAAAGAUAUUUCAGUUAAUCCCAAUGGAAAUUUGAUGAAGACUGAACAACCAUCUCCGUCUAAAGAUAUUUCUUCAUUUCAUCGCGAUGGAAAUUUAAUAAAGACUGAACAGCCCGGGAUAUCUGCGACAACAGUUUCAAGUUCUAGUGCAGUUACGAGCUAUGAGUUGUCAAACAAGAACCAGGAAUGUGUUUUUGACGAAAAUAAAGGAAAAUCCGAUACUGAUUCAUGUUAUCUGGAUAGGUUCCAAAGUAAGAUUGGAAUGGCUGGAGUCAAGUUUCAGGAACCCCAACCCAAUUUGGGAGAUCGUGCUUGUUUUAGUGAUUAUGUUGAUGAUUAUGUUGAAUAUGAAGAGAAGUCCUUGAUCACUGAAAAACAUACACUUCAUGCAUCAUCAGAGAUACCUGGGGGAUUAAAGUUAUCAUCAACCAGCCUCAACUUUGACCCCCUUACUGGUAACGAAGAGGAAGAAAUUGCUGUAAAAAAUCCCGAAGAAAAGCGCACAUCUCCUAUUUGUCAAGUUGAAGGAAGAGCUGCAUUAUCAGUAGGUUUGAAGGGACAUAUGGUUCCGAAAUUGGUACCUGAGAAUAAUGAUAUUACUUUAUUGAAGCAUAGCAUUUUAGAACCAGUGUUACUGGACUUGUCUUUAAGCAAGCAAGGGAGUAGCUCCCCUUGUGUCAGAGGUAGCAUAGGGUCUGAUUAUGAUGGUUCUAUUUUGCAUUCAAAUAGGGAAAAUUGGGAUUUAAAUACCUCAAUGGAGUCAUGGGAGGGUUGUACUAGUGAUGCAGCUGCAGUGCAGAUAUCAGCCACUCAAACAAACAUGGAUGUCGGGACGUAUGUAUGCUCGUCUGAAAUGGUUGAAGGUGAUAGUCCACGUGGAAAACAAAUCCCUUUAGAUAGUGAACAUAGAGACAACUCUAUUAAUGCAUGCGUGCCAUCAAAAGAUCAUCUUCAUUUAAGUCUCCAUUCAUCUUAUCCUAAGCCUACGCUUGAAGAAGAUCCUUAUCUUUCUGACUAUGAAUCAGAUGGCAACUGGGAUUUAGCUGAUGCUGUCGAUUAUGAUGAUAAUAAUGUAGAAGAAGAUUAUGAAGAUGGGGAGGUUCGGGAAACAAUGUUGGAAACUGAAGUAGAGGUCCAUGAAUGUGAGAAGAGAGAAGUGGAGCGUUUUGAUCAUGCUGAUUGUGAUGAUAAGAAGAUCAAUUAUGUUGGAUUGCCUGAUCAGGAUAGUUUCACUCUAGGCCUUGUUGAACAGGAAGCUAAACCAGAACAUCUGGAUGUUAGAAAUGAAGAUGAUGUUCAUACUGCAACUAAAUGUAAAUCUUCUGAGCAAGAAAAUGAAGACCUCUGUGAGAAAGAAGUACAUGCCGUUGAGAAUACUAUUAAUGAGGACGUAAACAGGCCUGUGAAGGCCACAGGAAGAAGUCAAUUGUCUCUGUACGAUAAACAGGACAACUUCGAGGGCCAGGCCACUGCUGAUAAAAAUAUUGAUGGAAUUCAGGAACUGAUUUCGACAGUUUCUCAGCAUGUGGAGAAUGCUAUAGCAGUAGAUGUAGUGCAGAAUAAGGAUGUAGCUUUGCCUAAUGUCAAAGAGUCUGUAAAUAGUGAUGAUGCGAAGGAUGUUAAUGGUGGCAUAAAAAAUAGUCGGAUAAUUAAUCUCAAUCGAGCUUCUUCAGAUUCAACUCCUUGUAAGGUGAAAUCUAGUUUUGUCAGGCCAGUUUUAUCACGUACUGAUAGAGAUUUUAUACCCAACAUGGCACUUGAAGGAGCAAAUGUACAACCUCAAGAAAGAGAUCACACAUUCGGUAAUACUAACAAGAAAAUUUCCGUAGAUAGACACCAGGAUCCGUCACCAUGGAUGAAUUUUAGUCGUCGAAGAGGGAGAAACUCUAAUAGGUUGGACACCCGAUCUGGGGAAUGGAAUUUAGGGCCCAACUUUUCUCCAGAAACUUACAGUGACCAACAGAUAGAUUACCAUGUUCCUGGCCUUGAUCAAAAUCGAUAUGAUAUUAUACCUGAUGGUCCAUUUGGUGGUGCUAGCCAUCGUGGUAGACAACUGUUAGAUGAUGAGGGACCUUUUUUCCAUGGACCCUCAAGGAGGAAGUCACCUGGAAGAAGGCAUGGUGGACAAGGUGGCAAAAUGGUUAACAGGAUACAUCGAGAUUUUAGUCCAAGUAGAUGCAUGGAUGAAGGUGGAUCUUUUGACCGACAACACGGCGAGAAUUUCACUAGGAAUUUUCCUGACGGGACCAUGGAUCCUAUAUAUGCACGACCGCAGCCUCCAUACGAGGAUGAUAGGUCUUUCUUCAGGGAAAGAAGGAACUUCUCUUUCCAAAGAAAAGGUUUUCCCAGAAUUGAUUCUAAAUCCCCAGUAAGAUCUAGAGCUCGCUCACCUGGCCAGUGGUUCCCUUCAAAAAGAUCUGAUAGGUUUUGUGGACGUCCAGGAAUGACGCAUCGAAGAUCUCCAAAUUAUCGGACGGACAGGAUGAGAUCUCCUGAUCAGCGUCCCAUGGGUGGGCAUAUGGCAGCCCGAAGACAUGGAUUCCGCUUCAUUUCACCAUCUGAUGACAUGAGGGAUGUGGGUCCUGUUCCUCCAGACCAUGGCCAUAUGAGGUCCAUUAUUCCUAAUAGGAAUCAGACUGAAAGAUUAUCACUUCGAAACAGGAGUUAUGAUGGUAUAGAUCCUCGAGGAAGGAUUGAGAGCGACGAACUUUUCGAUGAUCCUGUACGUUCGGGUCAAUUGAGUGGGUGCAGUGGUGGCAACCAUGAUGAUGAUGAAAGAAUAUUUAAUGAAAGACAUGAACCUCUUCAUUCUUUUAAGCAUCCAUAUGAUGAUUCUGAUGGUGAGAGGUUUCGAAAUAAUGCAGGGGAUUGUUCUAGGCCUUUCAGAUUUUGUUCAGAGAAUGACUCGAGAAUUUCAUGGAAGAGGAGGUGAGGGUGAGGUAGGCAGGCCAUCCCAUUGAGUUGGUACAAACUUAGAUUUUAUUUCGUAGAUGAUAUAUUCUAUUUAUGGUGUAAAGGGAUGACGUUUUUUGUGUUCUCUUUUGUUUUGUUUCAUAAUUUGCAAUUGUAAAGAAUUCCAUACUCAUGUAGAAGAGUAUGGUUCUGGUUCCUCCCAAGUGCUAUUGUGACUUUACAGCUUACCAGCUGACUAAAUCGUAAAAGUCUUGAUGAAGUACAAGUACAAGUAGAACCCUUCUGCUCUAGAGAAUAAUUUGUUGGCUGAGAAAUAUGUUACUCUACCGUGGGAUAAAAUAAUUGCGCGGGUGAACUUUGGAAUAGAAAUAAAUGCUUUAUCUAUUAAGCUAUGUUCGGAUUGUCAGAUUCGAACCUUUAAUAGAUCUGCAUAUAAGAAAUCUUGUCCGUUGGUAACGGAAAUCACAUUAGUAGGAAUACUUGUCCGUUAUGUGUAGUUUCUUACAGGAAAUCACAUUAGUAGGAAUACUUGUCGGUUAGGUGCAGUUUCUUACUAAGUAAUAAAUGGCAAGGCUUUUGGGCUAGAAGUUUGAGCUAAUGGAUUGAAUUACAUUGGUUAAGAAAGGCAAGAUUUGCAGGUCAUUUGACGAGUCUGAUUUUAAAAGGGUGUUUCAAGAAGAGGCUAGUUCAGAUCUAAAUAAAAAGAUCCAAUGUCAAGGUAUGGUGUUUCUAAUGACUAGCAUUUGCAUAAAUCUCAUGACAAGUUAGUUUGCUUUUUUUUUUCCUUCAUAUUAAUAUUUGAAUCUCAGAUUCUCCAUUGUGUGGGGGGAGGAGUGGGUGGCCAGUACUUUCCUCUUCUCUUGCCUGUAACAGUUCACAUUGAAUGACAUGGUCGUUGGUCAUCUUCUCUUGCUUGUUGACGGCCAAUUCACGAGGUAAAAGAAUGAAUGUCGAUUGUUUUCUCAAUUUUUAUGCAUGACUGGGUUGUGUUUGGUUUGUUUGGGUAUGAAUUUUGUCCCUCAAAGUGAAGGACACCCUCCUUUGAGUUUUUUGGACAAAAUCUGAACAACUAAAAAGGUCGUGGGUUGUUUCUUUCUUGUGCUGUUGUCUGUAUUUUCUUAUACUUUAAGUGGGAAACGGAAUAAGGGGAAGUAACCGGGUUUGUCUAGGUAAAGGUUUUGUUCAAGCAAAAUUUGGAUCAUUAGCGAUAGGACCUUUAUUCUUGCUAUGUUCUAACUGCAUUGAAACUGCAUGGCAGUUUGUGUAGCAAAUAAUUGAAUUUGGUUUCUUAAUUAUGUCUAGCACAGUUAGGUCUUUGAUUCAUCUCCUUGUAAGGAAAAAUCUAGUUUUGUCAGGUCAGUAGAUAAAGAGUUUGUACCCAACAUGGCACUUGAAGGAGCAAAUGUGAAGAAAGAGAUGACACAUACAAUAAUGUUUUCAAGAAAAUACCAAGAUCAGUCACCAUGUAUGAAUUUUAGUCGUAGAAGAGGGAGAAGCACUAAUAGGUUGGACACCCGAUCUGGGGAAUGGGAUUUUGGGCCCAACUUUUCUCCAGAAACUUACAGUGACCAACAGAUAGAUUACCAUGUUCCUGGCCUUGAUCAAAAUCGAUAUGAUAUUAUACCUGAUGGUCCAUUUGGUGGUGCUAGCCAUCGUGGCAGAGAAUUGCUUGAUGAUGAGGGCCCCCCUAACUGUCAUAUACUCUCUAGGAGGAAGUCACCUGGUAGAAGAGAUGGUCCUCCAGUACGAGGUGUUAAAAUGGUACACAGAAUGCCUAGAAAUAUUAGUCCAAGUAGAUGCAUCCGUGAAGCUGGUUCUGAAUUGGUCGGACCACGACAUGGUGAAAAGUUUAUGAGAACUUUCGAAGAUGAGACCAUAUGAAGUAGAUAGGCCUCAUUUUGUCCGAGAACGAAGGAACUUUUCUAUCCAAAGAAAAACUUUUCCAAGAAUUGAUUCUAAAUCUCCUGGAAGGUCCGAUGGACACUGUCCUGGCCAAUGGUUUCCAGGCAAAAGAUAGUCCGAUAGGUUUUAUGGGCAUACAGAAAUGACACGUCGAAGUUCACCCGCUUAAUGGGUGGACAGGAUGAGAUCUCCUUAUCAGCCUCCUAUCCAAGGAGAUAUGCCAGUUCGGAGACAUGGUUUCCCUUUUUCGCCACUGCCAUACAAUGAUUCGAGGGGUAUAAGUUCUGCUCUGGACCAAGACCAUAUGAGAUCACGCAUACGAAGUAGGAAUCAAACUGGCCGAUUUUCCUUUAGAAACAGGAGGUUUGAGGUUAUGGAUCCUCGAGAUAGGAUAGAGAGCAGUGAAUACUUUGAUGGGCCUGUACAUUCUGGUCAAUUGAACGACUUACCUGGGGAUGACAACAAUGACAAUCAGAGAAGGUUUUUUGACAGAUAUGAACAUUUUCACUCAUCCAGGCCUCAAUACAAUGAUUCUGAUGGUGAGAAUUAUCAUAGUAAUGCGGAGGAUAGCCACAGGCCUUUCAGAUUUUGUGCAGAGGAUGGACCUCCAGAGUUUGAUGAGAGAGGUAAGUUGAGGGAGAGGGAGUGUGAUAGAUGUGUAAAGAGCCAACCGGGAAAUUUAACUAGACCAACCGGGGUCAUCAUCGAAGAGCAUAAAGUAGAAGAUUACAGGAUGGUCGGCAGAUGUGGAAUGAUCAUGGUUUUGAAGAUAUCUCACAAAAGAAAAGAAAGAUUUUGAAUCUGCCUCUGGUUAUAAUCUGCUGGUCAUAAAUUAUUUCAACAAAAAUUUGCUAGGCUGAAAAAAGUGCGAGUUGAGGAUUCAGACAGAGCUUAAAAUGAACAAGAAUGUUACUUAAUAACUCGAACAUUGCUCCAUUCGAAUUCUAAUUUUUUACUUCCUCCGGCGGCCAAACACUAAUCUUCUAGCAAUGGCUGGCUGCUACAAAGUACAUCUGAAUCAGAAUGCUCGGGCUAACGCCUUUUCCAGCACCAGAGCGGAAAUUCCGAGGAUUGCAAUCCCAUUUAUCCUCUCGCUGUACGGACUGAAGCCAAAUUAGAUUGCCCGGGAACCUGAAUUGAAGGGAUUUUGUAGUAAAAUUGGAUGUGAUCUUAACAGAAAUGUUGAUAGUGGACCUUUGCUCUUGGAUGUUCUUGAAGGAUCCUGAAAUUUGAGGUUGGUUGGAAUGGAUCUUAUUAUAGAUUUUGUUGAAUUUGAACUCUUCGUGGUGCUAUUUGCUUA